UUCGUGUACGAUCUAUGUGCAGUAAAUCAUACAUGCGGAGUUCCAUUCGUCCCUUAUAACUGCUGCUCAUUGACUUUAACUUCCCAACCCACCUACAGAUAGUCCUUGAUGGCUGUACAGAAGCUUCUGUUAGCGUUGACAAUCCUCAUCUCCACUUGCAUAUUCGCUCUUUGCUGGGGGUUCAUGAUUAUAGUUUGGCGUCUAGAAUAUGUGAUUCUCUCCGACUCCGUCGUCAACUUCAUUACAAGAUAUCCUACCGUGCUCACCCUCGUAUCCACUGUGAUAUCCACGAUUCUAUCACUAGCUCUCACCAAACCACAACCCCUUCUUCGAUGGAAUCAUUACAAACUCUCAAUUUUCACGUUGAUUUUUGUCUGUUUGGUUACGCUCCUCAAUUCAAGCUUUGAAAUUAUGCUCACGAGCGCCAUAACUGACACAUACCCUGUCGCAGCUGGACAACAUUACUAUUGCCGACACCGCUUUUCGAACUGGAUCUCACAAGCACCGCCUUCGACACGAAUCUAGGUAAUGA